UGACUUUUCUUUUCCCUCAGGUGGAAACCGUGAGCCAGUCAUGUGCUCAGGGAAUCAAACUUCUCAGAAUCAAACAGCAAGCACCGAUUUCACCCUCACGGGACUCUUUGCUGAGAGCAAGCAUGCUGCCCUCCUCUACACCGUGACCUUCCUUCUUUUCUUGAUGGCCCUCACUGGGAAUGCCCUCCUCAUCCUCCUCAUCCUCCUCAUCCUCUCAGAGCCCCGCCUCCACACCCCCAUGUACUUCUUCAUCAGCCAGCUCGCACUUAUGGAUCUCAUGUACAUAUGCGUGACUGUGCCCAAGAUGCUUGUGGGCCAGGUCACUGGAGAUUAUACCAUUUCCCCAUCAGGCUGUGGGAUCCAGAUGUUCUUCUACCUGACCCUGGCUGGAGCUGAGGUUUUCCUCCUGGCUGCCAUGGCCUAUGACCGAUAUGCUGCUGUUUGCAGACUUCUCCAUUACCCACUGCUGAUGAACCAGAGGGUGUGCCAGCUCCUGGUGUCAGCCUGCUGGGUUUUGGGAAUGGUUGAUGGUUUGUUGCCCCCCAUUACCAUGAGCUUCCCCUUUUGCCAGUCUAGGAAAAUCCUGAGUUUUUUCUGUGAGACUCCUGCCCUGCUGAAGCUCUCCUGCUCUGACGUCUCCCUCUAUAAGACGCUCAUGUACCUGUGCUGCAUCCUCAUGCUUCUCGCCCCCAUCAUGGUCAUCUCCAGCUCAUACACCCUCAUCCUGCACCUCAUCCACAGGAUGAAUUCCGCCGCCGGCCGCAGGAAGGCCUUGGCCACCUGCUCCUCCCACAUGAUCAUAGUGCUGCUCUUCUUCGGUGCUUCCUUCUACACCUACAUGCUCCCGAGUUCCUACCACACAGCUGAGCAGGACAUGAUGGUGUCUGCCUUUUACACCAUCUUCACUCCUGUGCUGAACCCCCUCAUUUACAGUCUCCGCAACAAAGAUGUCACCAGGGCUCUGAGGAGCAUGAUGCAGUCAAGAAUGAACCAAGAAAAGUAGUAAAGGGCAAGCAUUGUCCCCUCCUCUUUCUAUAAUUCCGUUACUCCCUAUCUCUCCUCUCUUUUGCCCUCAGGUCCCCGGGUCCCCAGCACAAAGCCCACUCAUAUUUUCCUUCUUUCUUAUACGUGGCGUUUUC